AUGGAUAGCAAGGGGAAGGCGGUGCAUCCGGUGCACGAAAGCUGGAACAUGGUGGUGAACAUCAUGAUCGGAAUCCGCCUGGCGAUCGGCCGCGUGAUGGUCGAAGCCAACCGCGACCUCUGCCCUGCCGACUACACCAUGAAGGAGAAGCUCACCAUCGUGCUGCCCCACACCUCUGCGGGCAAAUCUCCCGCGGAUGACGUGCGGUUUGUGGACUACGCGCCCAUGGUGUUCCGGAAACUCCGCGAAUUGUGGGGCGUUUCGGCGGAUGAGUACAUGUCGUCGAUCGGUCCGCAGCAGAUUCUGCGGAACAUCAUCAUGGGAACCCUGUCGACCCUGACGGAACUGUAUUCCGAGGGGAAGUCGGGCUCGUUUUUCUACUACUCGUUCGAUGGGAAGUACAUGGUGAAGACGAUUUCCCACACCGAGCACCGCUUCUUCCGGCACAUCCUCGAGAAAUACUAUUCCCACAUGGUGCAGAACCGCGACACGAUGCUCGUGCGAUUCCUGGGCGCGCACAAAAUCCGCCAGGGCCGGCACAGCAAGGUGGGGAGCAAGAGCAUUUACUUCGUGGUGAUGGGGAACCUCUUCGACACGCCGCUGAAAAUCCAUCGCCGCUACGACCUCAAGGGCUCCUGGGUGGGCCGCUUGUUCGUUUUCGGGGGAGGCGUGACGCGUAGCACGAAGGACGCGGACCGCGGGGACACGGCGCGCGCGCUGAAGGAUCUGGACAUCGUGGACCUGAACGAGCACAUCCGGCUGAACGAGAAGACCACGACGCAGUUCCAGAGCCAGCUGGCGAAGGACUCGCAGUUCCUGGCGGAGUGCGGCAUCAUCGACUACUCGCUGCUGCUGGGGAUCCACAACGUGGAGGGACCGCUCCCGCCGCGCGCGAAGUCCGUGUAUGGGCGGCACGUGCCGUUCUGGCAGCGCGAUUGGGGCGGUCUGCUGAGCGAGGACGGGACGCAGGUGUACUACAUGGGCGUGAUCGAUAUCCUGAUUCAUUUCAACGCGCGGAAGUUCGGCGAGCUCGCGAUCAAGACGGUGUUUAUGGACGGAAAGGGCGUCUCCGUGCAGAAGCCGCAGAAGUACCAGAAACGGUUUAUAGCGUUCAUGAAUCAGUUGUCGGAUCCGAAGGUGAAGACGCUGAUGCUGGGCAAGGGAAUCCCGAAGAAGUACCUCAAGGAGAGAGAGCUGAGACGGCAGCAGGAGGAGCAGGAGGAGCAGGAGGAGCAGGCGUAGGAGAUUUAAGGCAAGGGUCCUGUGUUUAUGU